CUUUCUCUUUCAAAAAUAAAUAAAACAUUAAAAAAAUUUUGUUUUAAUGUUUAUUGUAUUCUUGAGAGAGGAGGGUCAGCCAAAGAGGGAGAUAGAGGAUGCCUAGAAGGCUCUGCACUGACAGCAGAGGGCCCGAUGGGGGGCUCGAACUCACCAACCGUGAGAUCAUGACCUGAGCUGUAGUCAGACGCUUCACCGACUGAGCCACCCAGGUGUGUUUUUUAAGAAACAAAAACUCAGGCCAUAGACGGUUAAAUCCAACCUCUCCCACCAGUCACCUGUAUCUUUAUAUGUUCAUGGCCUUUUUCAGGGAGUGGAUGUCUACAUCUGUUAUAAAAGGUUUAUUGAAACAAGUUCAAGAGAAAGAAUCCCAUUUGCUAUCCAAAUCCAUCAUGGAUCCCUCUGAUGUGGCUACAUUUAGAAACAAAAUAGCCCUUCUACAUGCAUUUGCUGAGCUCUGACUUGGUUAGUGGUGCUUAGUUGCUGGCAGGCAAAUCACGGUGCUCUCAUAGUCCAGCUCAGUCCAGCUCGCCAUUUUCCGCGUUUAAGGACAGUAGGAAAAAUCAUUAGUGGAUUUGCAAACCUUGGCUUUUCUGCCCGGCCUGUGUUUCCUUAUUGCUGAGAGUAUUAUGCUCCACAUUUACCCCGCUGUAAAUAUUUCAAUAUUCUCCAUCAUCACGGUAAUGUUGUCGUCCCUGGUUACAAAAUCUUUGGUCUGUGCUUUCCUCAGUCCGCCUGCAGACGAGUGGGUUAAUCAGGUUGCUUUCACAUCUGAGUUCUUUCUGGGACUCUCUUCAUUUGUCUGACUUACAGAUUCUGACUGUUCUCACUCACUCUCUUUUCUGAGCUUGAAUUCAGUAAGUAAAAGCGGAGAUAUUGUAACUUCCUAAACAACCCAAAGGGCAGAUGUGGUCUAAUUUAUAACCCCUCUGACUGCUGAAUCAACUUUCGUGUGCUCUGUCUAAUGGAACUUUGAGGAAUAACCGAAUAAAGCCUAGAUCUGGUUAUACCUUGUUUUUGUUUGUUUCAUGUUGCGUUUGUGCCCCACUGGGUAAAGCACAAGUGUGGGCUUCAUCUGGAUGUAUUUUCAUCUUACAGAGGCAGUAAUUGAAUCUCUGACAGUAGUCUUGCCUCCAAGGAGUGUUCCAACUCAGGCUGCUAUAUUAAACCAGGGUAGCUCUUGGUUCCCUCGGAAGGUAAUGUCGCAUCUGUUGACUGUGAACGAUGGCAGGGCAAACCUCUCAGAAUAGUCGGAGGAGGGGAAACGGAGCAUUUACAAUUCUUUCUAGGAAAAGAGCCAUUCUGAGUGCUUUUACCUAUGGAUGCUCUCUCUCUGAACAUCUGGGUAGGCUCAGCAAGGUAUGGGGGGGGUGGUAAAAUUUGCUCUCUGACCUUUCAAAGAUGCUGCUGAUUUUCUUGCCCUUGCGGCAGGCUGUGUGGCAUGUUAAAGCAGGCUGCAGUGUUGACUACUGCUACUUCCGAGAUUCUGCAGGGUUCUAGCAGAUUCUGUGGGAGCCUGCCUUCAAAUGUUUCCCGGCUCCCUGCGGAGCCAGAAAGCCAGAAAGAACUUUCUGCAGUAGCACUUGACAGCUAUUUGAUAACAUCACUGUAAACUCUCCUGAGUUUGGAGCAAGUCCCAUUCAAACCUUGCUGAUACCUCAGGGUCAGCAGCCUUAGACUUGGGAGUGUGAGGUGUGUCCGCAAUAAAGUUAGAAUGAGAAACAAGAGUGCUGUGCCCAGUGUCGCCAUGAGGGGCUGGGCACAAAUUUGGCAGAAAUUUGCCUGAAGCUUUAUGCAAACAUUAGGGGUUCUAUAAAAAUUUGAUUCGAUUGAUUUUGAUGUCAUUCUGGUAACUUAUGUAAGUUAGUACAAAUAUAUGAAAGAUGCAAGUAUGUUAUGAAAGAGUUAAAAAAAAUUCUCAACACCUUCCCCUACCUCCUCUGCAACCGGAGGCCAAGAGAAACUACAAACACACACACACACACACACACACACACACACACACACAUUCCAGCAAGAACCUGUUUUGCAAGUUUUGCUGGUAAAAAGUAGGAAGGGGGUUGCUGGAAAGUGGAAAAGCCUUAGAAGUAUCAGUUGAAAGUUUUUCAAAUCGUAUGUUUUUGAUGUAACUUUAUCCUGCAGAGAGAGGCAUAUGUGCCACCGAAGGUUUUUCUUUAACCGAUUAAGUGCAUUGUUAGACAGGGAGGGGCAGAUUAACGAAUGCCUAUAAUUUUGAUCAUUGUUUUCUGCAUAACAGCUCAGGCUUUGAAAAUGAAGCCAUCGUCCUUGGCUGAGUCUCUGCCAGCAGCACAAAUUAUACUGUGCAGAGAUCCAAAGCCCCUCGAAAGGUUUCAUUAAUGAACAAUUUCAGACGAUUGUUUAAGUCUUUGCCUGACAGGUAACGUUGGCAUGUAGGCAGGUGGGGUUAGGGUUUCCAUGGAGAUUUAUGAUGUCAUGCUUGAAAGAGCAUGUCAAGACAGCCAAUUUAACAAGUAGCUACUCAAAAAGUCCUAUAGGCUAGAAGUAAGGCUUUAUGCAAAUGACAAGAGUUUCACUGGGAAAAAACUGCAAAAGAAAACAGUAGAGACAUGGAGGGGGGUUUACCUGACAGCUCGGAAGGAUGACCCCGGAGUCCAUUAGAGACGAAAACUUCCAGAAGACGCGUUAGAUUUUUUUUUACUUUAACUGCUGCUUCACCUGUGGAACUCUGGGUACAGACAAGAAGCCCCAAACUGUCUCACAGUCCUCAACCUCCCAAUCUGGGCGACCCUGUCGAGCAUUUAUCAGAGACGUCUGGUGAUUCUUUGGAAGCCAUGUCUGAGGGAGAAGUUCCAAGUCCUUUUUCCAGAGGCAGCCGAACUCGAGCGAGUCUCCCGGUGGUGAGGUCAACCAACCAGACGAAAGAAAGAUCUCUGGGGGUUCUCUAUCUCCAGUAUGGGGAUGAAACCAAGCAGCUCAGGAUGCCGAAUGAAAUCACAAGUGCAGACACAAUCCGUGCUCUCUUCGUAAGUGCCUUUCCACAGCAGCUCACCAUGAAGAUGCUAGAGUCGCCCAGUGUUGCCAUUUACAUCAAAGACGAAAGCAGAAAUGUCUAUUAUGAACUAAACGAUGUGAGGAACAUUCAGGACCGAUCGCUCCUCAAAGUGUACAAUAAGGACCCUGCGCACGCAUUCAAUCACACACCGAAAACUGUGAAUGGAGACAUGAGGAUGCAGAGAGAAAUUGUUUAUGCAAGAGGAGAUGGCCCUGGUGCCUCUCGGCCUGGAUCCACAGCUCAUCCACCCCAUGCCAUUCCAAGUUCUCCACCAUCCACUCCUGUGCCCCAUUCCAUGCCUCCUUCCCCAUCCAGAAUUCCUUACGGGGGCACCCGCCCGAUGGUUGUUCCUGGCAACGCCACCAUCCCCAGAGACAGACUCUCCAGCCUGCCAGUCUCCAGAUCCAUCUCACCCAGCCCAAGCGCCAUUUUGGAAAGAAGAGAUGUGAAGCCGGACGAAGACAUGAGUGGCAAGAGCAUUGCCAUGUACCGAAACGAGGGCUUCUAUACUGAUCCCUACCUUUAUCACGAGGGACGGAUGAGCAUAGCCUCUUCCCAUGGUGGGCACCCGCUGGAUGUCCCUGAUCACAUCAUUGCAUAUCACCGCACGGCCAUUCGCUCGGCGAGUGCAUACUGCAACCCUUCCUUGCAAGCAGAAAUGCAUAUGGAGCAGUCACUGUACAGACAGAAAUCAAGGAAAUACCCAGAUAGCCACUUGCCUACUCUGGGCGCCAAAACACCUCCCGCCUCUCCCCACCGAGUCGGUGACCUGAGAAUGGUAGACAUCCAUGCCCACCAUAACGCCCACGGGCCCCCUCACACCCUGCAGCCAGAUCGGGCCUCUCCAAGCCGCCAGGCCUUCAAAAAGGAGCCCGGCACCUUGGUGUAUAUUGAAAAACCACGGACCGCUCCAGGAUUAUCCAGCAUUGUGGACUUCGGCCCACCUCUAGUUGAGAAGCAAGUGUUUGCUUACAGCACUGCGACAAUACCCAAAGAUAGAGAGACCAGAGAGAGGAUGCAAGCCAUGGAGAAACAGAUUGCCAGUUUAACUGGUCUUGUUCAGUCUGCGCUUUUUAAAGGGCCCAUUACGAGUAAUAGCAAAGAUGCGUCUAGUGAGAAAAUGAUGAAAUCCACAGCCAAUAAGAGCCACACAGAUGGUGCAGGAGCACUCCAUGUUUCUGGGGGAAAGACUGUCAGCGCACUGGAGUCCUCAGGGCCAGCCAGCCAGCCCCUGCCUGCCGGCACCUCGGCCAUGCACAUGAGCCUGCUUGACAUGAGGCGGAGUGUGGCCGAACUCAAGCUCCAGCUCCAACAGAUACGACAGCUUCAGCUGCAGAACCAGGAGCUGCUGAGGGCAAUGAUGAAGAAGGCGGAGCUGGAAAUCAGCGGCAAAGUGAUCGAAACCAUGAAGAGGCUGGAGGACCCUGUGCAGCGACAGCGCGUCCUCGUGGAACAAGAGAGACAGAAAUACCUGCACGAAGAGGAGAAGAUCGUCAAAAAGCUGUGUGAGCUGGAAGACUUCGUUGAAGACUUGAAGAAGGACUCUACGUCGGCUACCCGAGUGGUCACUCUUAAAGAUGUGGAAGAUGGGGCUUUCCUCCUGCGACAAGUGGGAGAAGCAGUAGCCACCCUGAAAGGAGAAUUCCCCACCUUACAAAACAAGAUGCGAGCCAUCUUGCGCAUAGAAGUCGAGGCCGUGCGGUUUCUGAAGGAGGAGCCCCACAGGCUGGACAGCCUCCUGCAGAGAGUACGGAGCAUGACCGACACCCUGACCAUGUUGCGGAGACACGUCACCGAUGGGCUCUUGAAAGGUACAGAUGCAGCCCAGGCCGCACAGUACGUCGCUAUGGAAAAGGCCACGGCCGCGGAAGUCCUGAAGAGCCAGGAGGAGGCACCCCACACCUCAGGCCAGCCCCUCCACGGCGCAGGAGUCCCCGGCGACGUGAAGUCAGAAGUGGUGCCCUUGACCGUUCACCAUGCACAGAGCUCCCCGGUGGUCAUCCAGCCCUCCCAGCUCUCCGCCGCCCUGCUCAACCCCGCCCAGCACUUGCCGGGGGGCUCGGGUCCCCACCCCACCAGCCCUUCGGCCACCACACAGGAAGUGACCUCAGCUCUGCAGUCGGCACAGGCUCCUCAGUCCCCACAGAUGCCCAUGAACGGCUCUGCCAUGCAGAGCUUGCUCAUUGAGGAAAUCCACAGCGCGAGCGCCAAGAACAGGGCAGUGUCCAUUGAGAAAGCAGAGAGGAAAUGGGAAGAGAAAAGGCAAAAUCUGGACCACUAUAACGGGAAAGAGUUUGAGAAGCUACUGGAAGAAGCUCAGGCCAACAUCAUGAGGUCAAUUCCAAACCUGGAGAUGCCACCAGCCUUGGGCCCACAACCAAAGGGCGAUGCUCCGGUAGACAAGCUAGAACUUUCAGAAGACUCUCCAAAUUCAGAACAAGACUUGGACAAGCUGGGGGGUAAGUCCCCACCUCCUCCUCCCCCACCCCCUCGGCGGAGCUACCUGCCAGGAUCAGGGCUCACCACCACGAGGUCCGGCGAUGUGGUCUACACCAGCAGGAAGGAGAACAUCACCGCUAAGGCAAGCAGUGAAGAUGCUGGGCCAAGCCCCCAGGCUAGAGCCUCUAAGUGUCCGACCGAGGAGCUGGCUUCCACCUGGACCCCAUCCCCACCGCCAGUCGCUACCUCGUCCUCAAAGGACGAGGAGGAAGAAGAAGAAGGAGACAAAAUAAUGGCGGAACUCCAGGCAUUCCAGAAGUGUUCCUUUAUGGAUGUAAAUUCAAACAGUCACGCUGAGCAGUCCCGGGCUGACAGUCACGUUAAAGACACUAGGCCGGGGGCCACAGUCCCACCCAAGGAGAAGAAGAAUUUGGAAUUUUUCCAUGAAGACGUUCGGAAAUCUGAUGUCGAAUAUGAAAACGGCCCCCAAAUGGAAUCCCGAAAGGUGAGUUUAGCAAAUCUGCGUUCCGACGGAUACCAUGCAGAUUCAUGGCCCCCUUUCGUGGAUCCUGUUCUGAUUAAUGUGUGUGGUUUCCCUCCUCCACUUCCCUCUCAGGUUCCCACAGGGGCUCUCACACCCCUUGACCAUCCUAAAUGGGAAAUAGCAAUGGAGAAUAGUGUUUCUGAUGCAUCAAGAACAUCAGAGUAUAAAACAGACAUCCUAAAGAAGAAAAAUUCCAUACCCGGCAAACGUUUAUUUAAAGACAGUAGAAACUACACCCAGAAAAAUGUGUCUAAGGUCAAUGCCAGUUACUCUGGCCUUUGUUCAUUAGAUGAAAUAAACAAAGGACCUAAGAGCUCAGGACCGCAGUACCCUGUGCCUGACGCUGAGAAUCAGAAGAUGAAUUAUGGAAAGACGAAGGAGAUGAGACUAGAAAGACAGGAAAACGCAGAUAGGUGUGACCUUCCCUCUCCCGCUAGGUCAACUGAAUUGAGCACGUGUGAUGUCAGAACUCAAGUUCAAGAGGUUCACAUGACAGAGUUCGGCCAGGUUGCUCUAAGACCCAAGGGGGCACGGCAUGCUAGCGUGAACCCCAGCGAGGACGGAGAAUCGACACCAAGUUCUCCCACUGAAGAAAAUGCGACCACCGACAACAUCGCCUUCAUGAUCACCAAAACUGCCGUCCAGGUGCUCUCCAGUGGGGAGGUCCGCGACAUAGUGAGCCAAAAGGGGGAAGAUGUACAGACGGUUAACAUUGACGCCAAGAAAGAAGCAACGUCCCCACAAGAAGGAGCUGAAAACGAAGAGCCAGUCGUGUGCCUAGACAAGAAACCAGUUAUCAUCAUUUUUGACGAGCCCAUGGACAUCCGGUCUGCGUAUAAGAGACUUUCAACCAUAUUCGAGGAAUGCGACGAGGAAUUAGAGAGGAUGAUGACAGAGGAAAAGAUAGAGGAGGAGGAAGAGGAGGAAAACGGAGACCCUGUACUCCAGAAUAACACUUCCCAAAAGUUGCAUAAGAAGGUUGCAUCCGGCAGCCCCGGAUCAGGGCAGCAGGCUGAUGGUAAAUUCCAGCCACACUGCCUCUCACCAGAGGCUGAACCCCCGGGACAGGAAACGAGUAAGAACGAGCUGAGCAGGUUCGGCCACGCAGAUUCUCCAAGUGCAGAAAGCAAGGGUGACGUGACGGAUGACCAGUUUGAAAGCCCCAAGAAAAAGUUUAAAUUCAAAUUCCCUAAAAAGCAACUGGCUGCUCUCACUCAGGCAAUUCGCACGGGAACCAAAACGGGGAAGAAGACGCUGCAGGUGGUGGUCUACGAGGAGGAGGAGGAGGACGGCACUUUGAAGCAGCACAAGGAAGCUAAACGAUUUGAAAUCACUAGGUCCCAACCUGAAGACGCCCCCAAAAGUACGCUUAGGAGACCAGAGCCGCCCAGUGCAGAGAACGCACCUGUGAUUUCCAGAACUGACGAAAUCAGAAAAAAUACCUACAGGACGCUGGACAGCCUGGAGCAGACCAUCAAACAGCUUGAAACCACAAUCAGUGAAAUGAGUCCAAAAGCCCUGGUGGACGCUUCAUGCUCUUCCAACAGAGAUUCUGUUGCAAGCUCAGCCCACAUAGCCCAAGAGGCCUGUCCCCGCUCCCUGCUAGUUCUGGACGAAGCUCCCACUGCCCUAGAGCCCCCCUCGUCCGUACCUUCAGCCUCACGUAAGGGCGCCGCCGGGACCCCACAGACGAGCAGGAUGCCGGUCCCCAUGAGUUCCAAGAACAGACCCGGAAGCCUGGACAAGCCUGGCAAGCAGUCCAAACUGCAGGACCCCCGCCAAUACCGUCAGGCUAAUGGAAGUGCUAAGAAAGCUGGUGGGGACUGUAAGCCUACUUUCCCCUCCUUACCUGCUUCUAAGAUUCCAGCCCUUUCUCCCAGCUCUGGGAAAAGCAGUUCUCUGCCCUCUUCUAGUGGUGACAGCUCUAACUUGCCUAUUCCACCUGCUACUAAACCACCGGUUACUUCUAACCCUCUCAGCCCCCAAACAGGACGAUCUGCUCCCUCUGCCUCCCUCAUCCCCUCUGUCUCUAAUGGCUCCUUAAAGUUUCAGAGCCCCACUCAUACAGGGAAAGGCCACCAUCUCUCAUUCUCACUGCAGACUCAAAACGGCCGAGCAGCCCCUUCCCCCUCCUCCUCCUCCUCCUCCCCGCCCUCCCCCGCCUCCCCCACUUCACUGAAUCAAGGUGCCAAGAGCAUCAGGACCAUCCACACUCCCGGCCUCACCAGCUACAAGGCACAGAACGGAAGUUCAAGCAAAGCCACCCCAUCCACAGCCAAGGAAACCUCUUAAAGGCCAAAUCCUGUUAGGUGAAAGUCGGAGUUACUGUUAAAAAAAUACACAAAAAAUGUUUUUCGACAGUCUUCCACAACUGUUUUCCCAAGCGAAUGUAACAUAUUGCCGUACUGUUUGAGGCUUAAUGCUAAGUAUGUGCUAAAUACUGGAUUAAUAGAUGUCAGUGAAGCUUGUUUGUUUUCUUCGUUGCUAUUGUAAUUACAUAGUGUUUACUGUCUAUAGCCGAUACCCGUCAAAUGAAGUAAGCAUGUGUUACGAAAAGAGUGGCUGGCAGGAGAGAAGGGUGUGUGAGAGACGGGGAGGAAAAUGUACUCAGCAUGUAAAACAUGUAUGAUUCCAGAAUUUUAGUAUGUUUUGUACAAAAAUAUUUUUCAUUACGGAGACUAGACGUGAAAGCGAGAAAUACACAAGCGUGACUAUCUAUACAAAUUGUAAAACAGAUACUAUAAUAUUUCCUUUUAUUUUGGUGUUAUUUAGCUUUAUUACAGAUUUCUAUUUUUGUCAGAACGUCAUGGUUCCUUUCAAGAUCUUUUUUGCCAAAAACAUUUUGAUACUAUAGCAUUGUACAUUUGAAAGUAGCGUGCUAGACAAAAAGCCAGUGAACUUCUACACGAGCCGACACGAGGCAUAUGUAGAAGGCAGUUUAUCAAACCUAUUGCACUGCCGUGAGAAUUAUGUAUAAUAAUUUGCAGCCCAAGCAAGCUAGUUUUCUUUGCUUUUCUUUCUUUCUUUCUUUCUUUCUUUCUUUCUUUCUUUCUCUUGUUUCUUUCUCUUAACAUAUUGGGAUUCUCUAGUUGUUUCCUUUCCAGUAUCUAAACCCUUCCUUUGUUUCCUGAGACCUGGUGACCCACACUCUUGCAUUGUGGAUUUUAACGUGUACACUUCUGUACGGUUCUGUAAACUGAUCAACUUUUGUACAUAUAUAAAUAGACAUAAUAAAAAAUACCGUAUGUGGCAGCACAGAGUAGUUUUCGCACACCAAAGUUAAUUUUUAUGCAUGCUUUAAAAAUAUAUCUUGGGAUGGGCAGAAAUGGGGAUACCCGUACAUUUUUAAAAAGCAACAAGUUUGCACAGAUAGAGUGUUUUUGUAAAUAAAUGUAUUUGUAUAACACAGUCAUGUAAUAUACAGAACGAUAAGCAGAGACUUUGCAAAACUAAAUAAAGGGCUGCAUGCUUAUUA